GUGCAACCAUAGAACCCCAGCUGCGUUAAAGUAGACCCGAGUGCUCGCUUUUCAGCCCUCGUUUGCGCAUAUCGCGUCGCCGUGGCCGCCAGUGCAUGGGGCAAUAUCGGUGUUUGACCGACCUCGGGACGCUAGCGGCCAAGCUUGCCUUCCACCCGAGCUCUUUCCAAGAAGUGCAACCUCACAAAGCUCCAACCUCACUUUUGUCCGACGCCAUUGUGCAUCCACCACAACCCCAUCUCCGCUGAACCGCAGUCCUCCCUCCCCUCCCCUCCCUAUUCUUCACAUACACCAGCACAAUGGCCCCAAUAACAGAGACGGUCGUCGACGAGCUCAAGAGCACCGUCUCGCGGCUCGAGGCGCGGAUCGCGGAGCUCGAGAAUAGACUGGCGGGUGGCUCAGGGAGCUCGACGGAGGGCGUGCGGAUGAUUUUGAUGGGCCCGCCUGGAGCUGGCAAGGGAACGCAGGCCCCGCGGCUCAAGGACAAGUUUUGCGUCUGCCAUCUCGCUACGGGAGACAUGCUGCGGGCACAGGUCGCAAAGAAGACGCCGCUCGGCCGGGAAGCAAAGAAGAUCAUGGACGCCGGUGGUCUCGUAAGCGACGAGAUUAUGGUGAACAUGAUCAAGAACGAGCUCGACAACAACACGGAGUGCAAGAACGGCUUCAUUCUUGACGGGUUCCCGCGAACGGUCACACAGGCCGAGAAGCUCGAUGAUAUGCUUACAGUAAGCAAGAAGCCGCUCCAGCACGCCGUCGAGCUCCAGAUCGACGACGCGCUUCUCGUUGCUCGCAUCACCGGCCGUCUGAUCCACCCUGCGUCUGGCCGCUCGUACCACAAGAUUUUCAAUCCACCCAAGCAGACCAUGACGGACGAUGUAACCGGUGAGCCGCUCAUCCAGCGAUCUGACGACAACGCGGACACCCUCAAGAAGCGUCUUGGCACGUACCACGCGCAGACGGCACCUGUUGUCGCCUACUACCAGAAGACCGGUAUCUGGAAGCCCAUCGAUGCCAGCCAAGAGCCUGGACAGGUGUGGAAGAGUUUGUUGAAGAUUGUUGAUGCAGACAAGACUUCGAUAGGCGGCAAGAGCGGCAGCCUGCUUAGCAAGAUUGGCUUAAAGAACUAAAUCGCGCCGCAAUGUUGGGGUAGAGGAGCGGAGACGAAGGCAGGGGCUGGGAGGCUUAGGAGGUGAACGACAUGCAUCUCUACUGGGAGAUGUAACUCGAAUGAAUUUUGGUCAAUGGCUCAACGUUUGGAACCGCAUGCUCGACACGUAAAAGUUAUGCGCUCGGCCUAGACAGGAGAGCUUUGGAUGCACAUAGGUAAUGGUACCCCGGGAUUCCCUUGUACUUGUAAAGAACGACUUUUUCUGGGUAUGGUGGCGGGCAUUGGCGGGGUGCAGUGUACUGUAUGUUUGGUUCUCUUUUGCUGUAUCUUGAUGUCUCGUCAAGCAGGGCAGAGAGGAGAAUGGAAUGCAUAAGUGACCUCUCAAC